UGUGGUUGGUGUGCUCUGAAGUCGAUGAAUGGACUAGGAGCAUGCUACAAGGGUGGAAUAACGGGCCCCGCCCACUGCAGUGGUCAGACCCCCGUGGAUCUACACCCUCGCAAGCAUGACGGCGGCCGCAACUGGACGGACACGGUGACGUCGGAGGCCGAGUGGACGUUCUUCUCGUGUCCGGCGGAGGACGAGUGUGUCAACAACCACCACACGUGCAACACGGAGCGCGAGACGUGCGUCGACCGGCCCGACGGCUUCACGUGCAACUGCAAGGAUGGCUACACCCUCGACAAGGGUGGUACGUGUCAACCGCAGUGUGACAACGGGUGUGACCACGGGACGUGCGUCAAGCCGAACGUCUGCCGCUGUUUCUUCGGAUUCGUCGGCGCAAACUGCAGUUCCGUGUGCGACUGCAACGGGCAUUCAAACUGCAAGGGAGUGAAUGCGCUCGACACGUGCCUACAGUGUCACAACAACACACAGGGUGACAAGUGCGAGAAGUGCCUGAGGUACUACGUGGGCGACGCCAAGAACAACGGAACGUGCAUCUCCUGCUCGUCGUUCUGCCACGGCCACGCGUCCAAGUGCCUCAGUGCUGACAUCUAUCACAACAACUCGCUGAGAAUCUUCACGCUGAACGGAGACCUGGACCUGGUGGCUGUGAGUGUGUUGCCUCACGACGAGACACUUCUUGCGAGGCGCGUGAAGGAAGGACCCGCAGGAGGCCGUCUGCUGAAGUGCAACAACACGGACAGGCGACCGCGUGCGACGCGCUGGCUGCCCGGUCUUCGGCCCGGCACAACCAGGCACGCAUCAGGCCGCCUGCCUGGCCAGGUGCCCUCCACGACACAUGCCGACGCCGACGGCGGCCUGGCACUGGCGACUGCCAAACAAAGAGCGCCACCUGUGCCAGCAGAGGGCUCCCUGCGAUCUGUCAGGUGGGGUAGCUGGAUUGGUGCUUCUCGCUGUAAGGACGGCUUCUCGCCAGCCCGUCGAGGCAAGCCGUGCUCCGAGCAGAUGCCGUAUACGACAGUAGCACACUACUGCUUCGAUCUUUCGAAGCAAGGAGAGUGCAGCGCGCGCAGACCCAACCCUCUGCUAGCCGGACGCACGAUGUUCUUUGCCGUACAGCCGAGCUACAAGAACGUCGACAGUCGCGUAACGAUCGACGUCUCCGACGGCGCCGUCGACGUCUACUUCGCGCAGACGGAGCACCUGUUCGAGGUGCACACGGACAACGUCACGGGCAUCCAGCACGUCGGCUUCAACAGCGACUACCUCGUGCUGCCGUACGACGAGGAGGCGGCGACGCGCGACGACGCGGGGGGAGGACGCACGGCGCGGCCCUACCACGCGUUCCUGACGCUCGCCUACCGCCGCUUCGUGCUGCUCGUCACCGACGUGCGCUACCGGCUCGUGCUGACGCUGCCCUACCGCGUGCACCGCCUCGAGAACACACGCUUCUUCGUCGUCGUGCGCGGCCGCGCCGCCGCCGGCAGCUACGGAAACCUGUUCUUCCGGCAGGACCAGCCGCACAUCGACCUGUUCGUGUUCUUCUCCGUGUUCUUCUCGGCGUUCUUCCUCUUCCUGGCGCUGUGCGUGCUCGCCUGGAAGGUGAAGCAGGCGUCGGACGUGCGGCACGCGCGACACAUGCACGCGAUGCAGAUGGAGCACAUGGCGAGCCGGCCGUUCGGACGCGCGACCGUCUUCGUCGACGACGACGCCGACGACGACGACUACGUCGUCGCGCUGCCGCCAAAGCGCAAGCGGGACCGGCGCGGCGGCGCGCCACCCGAGACGCUGCCGCCGGCCGAAGAGCGCCACCUGGCGGCGCAGCCCGUCGCGCUCGAGCCGACGGACGACGGGAUCGCGGCCGUCGGGACGCUGCUCCUGCGGCUGCCGGGCGGAGACUGCGCACCGGUGAAGAUCUGCCUCGGCUCGAGCCUCGUGACGAUGCGCGUCAUGUACCCGGCCAGCCAGCACCACCCCAAGUACGGUGUGCGCUCGCGCACCGCCCGCAAUCACAGCUACGCCUAGCCGGCGCCCCCUGCUGUACGCUCAGCCGGCGCCACCUGCCGGAGACUCGGCCCCGGAGUAUGGUGUGCGCUCACGCGUAGCACGCAGUCACAGCUACGCCGAGCCAGCGCCCCCUGCCGUUCACAUGGCCAACGCCCGACGUUACGUCAGACUCGACUCCCCCUGGUGGCGUCUGCAGUAGUGCGUAGCUCCCCCUGCUGGCUUCUCAACUCCUCAGCUGCUCUUUCGUCACACACCAGGCGGAGAGCAUUUAUCGGGAUAGCCGUGUCGUUUUUACCGGGAGCUUGUAAAUUUGUUCAUCUUUUGCGAUCCCUUGCGAUCGACGGAGCCUCUUGUCCCGGCGGUAUUGGUAUAUAUCGCAUAGCACUCUCGGCCUAGCCGACUGCCGGCCGAUGGCUCGCGCCGAGUGUGCGUUCACUUGUUUUCUUGGCGCAAGUCGGCGUCGAGAGCGGCCGGCCUAGCUUAUAAUUACGCGUGCUCAAGUAUGUGAUACUCAGCUUUUUUUACUCAGUGUUUUAUUGCCAAUAAUGCGUUCAGCGCUCGUUAGACGUAUGACGGGGAAUCGUGGAGGGGGAAAUUACGGAGGUGUGUGCGCGUGGAAGGGCGUGGAGGUAGCUUUGCUGGCACGUCGAUGAAAGCGACACCCUCCUCGCGUGGCUUACAAGGACAGCUUGCUUCACGCCCGCGCUCUCGUGCCCACCACACAUGCUAAUGUAUGUAAGAUGAGCGGGGGAAAGGUGGGCGGCGGAGGGUGAAGAUGCUCACAGUCUUAGGUGAGGCUUUCGGGGUGAUGGGUGGGAGGGAGAGGGGGGGGGAUAGCAUAAUUGUUGGCAACGAAGUUUGUUGCAUCGUGGCUGUUAUGAAUGUUAUUCUCUGUGAAGGACAGGGUAUUUGUUGCGGGCAAGGCUGCAUCUGUGGGUCAUGUUCCGUUGCCGUUCUCUGCUUUGACGAUCCUGUUAAGCUCACGUAAGAGCUUCAUCAAAAUAAGACAUAUUAACUCUAUCGAUAUAUGCGUUCCCGUGUUUUUCGUGAAAAGUCCGUCUAUCUCGGCUUGUUGUGUCGUGGUCGUAUUUUACUGUUUUAUCGUGUCGAUAUUAUAUGUCGUGGGAUGGAAAUAUCAAGGUACAGAGCAUUUUAUUGUUUUGGAUAAUUUUUUACACGUAUGUUCGGCAUGGAAGAUGUGCUAACUGCGUGUAUAUAUGGCCGUCGGUGGCAUCACACAUCCCUGAAUGUAUGUUUUACGCUGUUGUUCUGUAAAUAUGUAUAAAAUUACAAUAUAAAGUCUCGUCAUAACUUUGCUAA